GGUCCUGCGGCGGGCGGCGGCGGCCGGAGCGGCGGCGGCCGGGCGAAGAUGGCGGACGUGCUGAGCGUGCUGCGGCAGUACAACACGCAGAAGAAGGAGAUCGUGGUCAAGGGCGACGAGGUGAUCUUCGGAGAGUUCUCCUGGCCCAAGAAUGUCAAGACCAACUAUGUCAUCUGGGGGACAGGGAAGGAGGGCCAGCCCAGGGARUACUACACUUUGGAUUCCAUCUUGUUCCUGCUCAAUAAUGUGCACCUUUCCCAUCCUGUGUAUGUCCGUCGUGCUGCGACUGAAAACAUUCCUGUGGUAAGAAGACCAGAUAGGAAAGACUUGCUUGCSUACCUAAAUGGAGAAACAUCAACCUCAUCAAGCAUAGACAGAAGUGCUCCACUUGAAAUUGGUCUUCAACGAUCCACUCAAGUUAAAAGAGCAGCAGAUGAAAUACUAGCAGAAGCAAAGAAACCAAGAAUAGAGGAUGAAGAGUGCGUGCGCCUCGACAAGGAGCGCUUGGCAGCUCGGCUGGAGGGACACAAAGAGGGCAUCGUGCAAACGGAGCAGAUCAGGUCCUUGUCUGAAGCUAUGUCAGUGGAAAAAAUUGCUGCUAUCAAAGCCAAAAUCAUGGCAAAGAAAAGAUCCACUAUCAAAACUGAUCUGGAUGAUGACAUAACUGCUCUUAAACAGAGAAGUUUUGUUGAUGCUGAAGUGGAUGUCACUAGAGAUAUUGUCAGCAGGGAGAGAGUAUGGAGGACAAGAACCACAAUCUUACAAAGCACAGGCAAGAACUUUGCCAAGAAUAUUUUUGCAAUUCUUCAAUCAGUGAAAGCCAGAGAAGAAGGCCGAGCACCUGAGCAGAGACCUGCACCAAACACAGCACCKACGGAUCCCACUUUACGAAAUAAGCAACCUAUCCCAGCUGCCUACAACAGAUAUGAUCAGGAAAGAUUUAAAGGCAAAGAGGAAACGGAAGGCUUCAAGAUCGACACCAUGGGCACCUACCAUGGAAUGACUCUGAAGUCUGUGACGGAAGGUGCAUCUGCUCGAAAAACACAAACUCCAGCAGCACAGCCCGUGCCACGACCAGUUUCUCAAGCAAGACCACCUCCAAACCAGAAAAAGGGAUCUCGAACUCCCAUAAUCAUUAUUCCAGCAGCCACGACCUCUUUAAUAACAAUGCUUAAUGCAAAGGACCUUCUGCAAGAUCUGAAGUUUGUGCCAUCAGAUGAGAAGAAGAAGCAGGGCUGCCAGCGAGAGAACGAGACUCUAAUCCAGAGGAGGAAGGACCAGAUGCAGCCUGGGGGAACCACAGUCAGUGUCACUGUCCCUUACCGAGUUGUAGACCAGCCUCUGAAACUCAUGCCACAAGACUGGGACCGCGUGGUGGCUGUGUUUGUCCAGGGCCCCGCCUGGCAGUUCAAGGGCUGGCCUUGGCUCCUGCCCGACGGAUCUCCCGUCGACAUCUUUGCAAAAAUUAAAGCUUUUCAUCUCAAGUACGAUGAAGUGCGCCUGGAUCCCAACGUACAAAAAUGGGAUGUGACAGUGUUAGAGCUCAGYUACCACAAAAGACACUUGGACAGGCCAGUAUUUCUACGCUUCUGGGAAACUUUGGACAGGUAUAUGGUAAAGCACAAAUCUCACUUGAGAUUCUGAAUCCUUCAGCUGCCAUUUAUUUCCUGAAGUAUGGAUUGAAAAAAAAACAGAAGGGGCUCCAGUUUGGAGACCAGAGCUCGCACUAUAUGAUAUGUCAAGAACUUUACAUAUGAGGAAGGGUCACAGUUUAAACUUUUUAUAAAAUCUUGUUUGGAUGAUUCAUGCUAUGGCAGGUUGAUACCUGUUGUUAUUCAGAAGCAAAGGGGUUUUGCUUAAAACUAUUUUUUUAAUGUUGUUAGCCUUCUAGUCUGCAAUCCAAAUUGUAUAUUUUGAUAGCAGCAGUUUCUUCUCUGUUUUGUUAAAUUAGCCACAUUUUUAAAUGAUGUGUUUUGUUCCCUAUUAGAUGAUAGAUGUCCACGGCAGGUUCCCCACGUGUGUGUGCGUGUGCGCGUGUGCGCACGGGUGUGUGUAAAUAAAGGAAUGUGUGGGUGUGUCUAUAGAUAUAGUGUACAAAAAAGGUAUGGACACACUGACGCACACGUAGGUGUUGCCAGGCUUUCUAAACCACUUAGCUUCUGAGCUUAGUUUGGGGUUUCUUUGCUUCUCGUUUCACUUACUGAAAAUAUUUUGUUGUGAAUGAUAUUACAUUUUAGUCAAUAGGACUUGCAAACUGAGCAAAGUGAAAGUCGUUUUGGAUAAAUCAAAAUGUCRACCUGUAUAUGUAUAUUCUGUCAGUCUUUGUUGAAAAAGGGAAGAUGAAAAAUCUAGAAACACUUUUUUUUGGAUUUGUAAUGUCCCGGUUUAUUAAAUCUUUAAACUUUAUUAUAGGCGUACCUUCAAGUCAUGUUACCUUUAAAUUGCCAUUCUCCACACACGUCUCUUUAUUUAAGCUGAAAGUAUGCAUGUGUACAUUCCCAUCUAGCAAAUAYCUUUGCAUAUGAGUCUAAAUGUUACCUAGAUGAAAUGAUGAAUAGAGGAGGAGAGAGUUGGAGAUUUUUUUUUUCCUGGAACAGCCACCACAAGGAAYGAAUAAUUUUAACUUUGCAUUUAUACCUCUAAUAGUAUUUUCUUGUGACAAAAGUAGGCCCAGAUUGUCUACAGGAGUUGUAAUUUUCUGAGCUGAGUGGCUAAAAUGGCCUCCUAACAGUCCUGCAUUGGAAUGGAAAAUCAGCCUUCUCCAAUUACCAAAGAACAGAGUUGCUUCAUCUGCGGUGUGAGGCCAGAGGACCCCGGUGUUUGUACCAAUUUACAGCAUCUCUGUAUCUAUGGAAUAACAUUAAGUUGAUGUUGCAUACCAGUGAAUGUAGAGAAUGAUCAAAUACUGUAACACCUGCAUGAUUUUUUUUUCUGGGAUAGAAAAUACAUGUUUAUAUUCCUGCUCUUGAAAUUCCAAACCAUGUUUUUUUAAUAUACUUUACAUUUAAGGUUUGACAAAAAUAAAACGUUCUACCUAUUCUGUUUUAGUUUUUAUUUGAUGUUAACUUCAUUUUUUAUAGAACCCAAAGUCACAUGUCCAAAAAAGGUUUUUAAAACUGUGUGUUAGACUCAUGAGGACUGUGAAGUCUGACUUUUAGUUGUAUGUUUCCAUCCUUGCUGUACUGAGACUAUACUUUCAAAUUAUCUUAAUGGAGAUGCAAAAGCUCAAACCAUCACAACAACCCCGUGUGAAUCCCAAGAUGAGAAGCUGCUGACAUUGGAUUUUGGAAUGGAUUCAUCGUGGUGACUGGGAAGAGUGGGCACCACAGAACUGCUGGGAUGUCUCCUGUUUGUGUGGCCAGUUGGUCAGUGCCAUGUUACCGUGYUUUCCCUGUAUUCAAGCUUAUUAUAAAUGUAUCCACAUCACAGUAGAGCUGGCUGAACCMGUGCUUGGUUCUAACCUGUGCUGUACAUGGCAAAGCUGUAGUGGUURCCCAGCGGAGCAGUUGCUACCAGUGGCAAAUGGUUCAAUUUACAGUUCAUUUCUGCUUUAAGUAGUGGGAUGUCACCUAUGCAUUUUUUAAUUUGAACAUUUCCAAUUAGAAAUGUCUUUUUUUUUUCUGACUUCAGUAUAUCAGUGCAAUUUUAAAGAGACUUUUGGGCAGUCAGCUGGAAAAGCAAAUUCUGGAGAAGUGUGUGCUUCACACSGAGUGUGACCUGCAGACCAUAGAGUGGGUUUGCAAUACACAAAGGUCAAYUAUCUUUUCUGUGUCCCAUACUUCACUUGUGUUUACAGUCCAGGUGUAAUCCCAGACUGAAUAUUGUAUACAGSAGAUGGAUUGAUUUAGAUGUAAAUGUAUGUAUUUAUUGGGAGUUAACUCCUCUGGAACUAUUGAAGUUACAUGGAUGUGGAACGGGCAGAAGAACAACAUCCAUGAAAUCUUUGUGUGACCUGUGUUGGUUUUUAUGGGUUGAGCAGAGACCUUUAACAUUUUAGAAUUUGUAUUGGCAAGCAGUUUGUGACCCAAGUUAUAAAAUACGUAUUUGUGAAGGAGCUGGCACCUGAUCGUGCAUAUUUUUGUCAGUCAUAAAAGUAGUGAUGUUUAUAAAAUGAGCCAUUUUGCAAUCAGAUUCCUGCUGACAUUAUUGGAAGUUUAAUUAGGUUGUCAGAAUAGCAUUCCUGCUGCCUUCAUAAAUAACUGCACAUAGAUUAUGAAACUACUUGGACUUAAAAAUUUAGCCUUACAGCAGCAUUUUGCAACACAGCUGGAAUUUUAGACACUUAUGUUAUGCUUAAUUUAUCUACAAGUUAAUGUAGAGUAAUAAAGAAAACUGAUUCUAAGAAUGGGGAAGCUGGAGGAGCAGACAUCUGUUUUACUGAGCUGCAUUCUUAUUGCUGAGCAAAUUUGAUGCACUACUUAGAGGUGUAUAAAGUGUGUAAAUUGUACUCAAUUAAAAUGUACAACUAUAGCUGAGCUGCUUCCCUGACUGCAGUGUAUUGAACAGUAGAAUGGCACGAGCAUGAGAAUCAGAUAUCAAAUUGGCUGUUCCUGUUAAACACCUUCAGUGUCAUAACUCUGCACUGUUUCAUAAAUACAAGAUGAAUGAGAUGAAACAAGAUGAGUUGAGAACUGGUUUAAGUCUGCUCUUGGGCUCCCRUGCUGUCAGCAGGUGAUUAUUGCUUUUAGUAACAGGGUUAGUGAGGCCAGGAGAUGUACCUGAAGUAAUGAUUUUAUAUUAAAAACUGAAAUGCCUGUGAUUUAUACUGUUUGAGCUUUUGAAUGUUAGCUGGAAAAAAGCAGGCAAAAGGGGAAUUUUCUGAUAAGGUAAAGUAGGGCAACUGCAGGGACUUGCAUACCUGAAGAAAUUGCAGACCAGCAUCCUCAGCUGAGUAGGCUCAGCUAUUUAGCUAUUACCUGGAAAUUUUUGUAGGAAGAUGGUUUCACAAAUAGGUACUAAAGUCAGUGCUUGAGCCAGACAAUUUAUGGAACUGUUUUGCAAUGCUGUAAACCCAUUUAUUUCUGAAUUCAGAAGAAAAUGUAGAUAGCAAAUUGUGUGCUAACUUGCCCUUGAUCAUAAGUUAAACUAUUAUGUUAUAUUUGACAGAUCAGCCUUUAUUGGAACAGCAAAUUUGUUUUUGGCUUUCAUUUGCUGUGCAGUUGGUGUAUAAAAUAUUGCCAUUCUCUGCAGGGACAUGCAAAAGUAAGUUUUAUUAGUACAGCCUUUAUUCUUUUGCUGGUGAAAUAUGCACUUAGUUGCUAAUUCUUGCAAACACUAUACCAGGAAAAAAAAGCUGAUCAAAAUUAAUGGCUUAGUGGUUUUAAAAUUUAAUGUCAUGAAUGCAUUUUAAUUCAAAAGCCAUAACUAAUGCCAAGUACUUUAUUAGAGCAAUGUGUUCAUGAAAAAUUAAAAACCCUGCCUGAAGAAACUGCUGGCCAAGUAGGUUACAGUUCAGCUAAUCUGUGGAAAAAUGUGCCACAAACUGGAAUCUCYGAAUGUCAUAUCCUGAGUUGCUCAUUUGUAAUUGAAUGGAUUUUUUUUUUUUUUUUAUGAGAGGUGGCAGUUCUGCUUCCUGUGCUCAACAAUUCCAUACUUCAGUCACAAGUGUGUAGUUUCCCUUCUUAGGUUUGGUGUUGCCCUGAGACUGUUUGCACAACACAAGGGUUCUGAGGCAGGGACAGAGAACAGAUCACUGGAGGUGAAGUUGUUUAAUGGAGCUCGGGCACUGUGAUGCAAUGAGUAACAGGUGAUGAUCCUUGUGCUUUCCUUCCAGCUGAGGAUAUUCUGUCACUGUUCAGUUGUCAUUGACUUCUCUGUAGAUCAUUCUUCUCAGUGGUGAUGCUACCACAGAGGGCAGGUUUGGGAAUAAUGAGAUUUAAUCCAGCACAACCUGUUGGUGGAUAGUACACAACGGCAGGCCAUGCRUCCAGACUGUUUUACUGUGCUGAUUUUUCUUUAAACAAGAAUUUUAUAAUUUUUUAAAUAAGAAUGCAAAUGCAAAGAACAAUCUCAAAUGUUUCAAACUUUAUUGCAGAUACUAGUUCACAUGUAAAAAUGAAAGAUAUGAGGUGGUACAUAAAAUCUGUAAGAAAAAUAACUUGGUGUAUGGUUUUUAUUUCUAUCUGUAAAUUCUUUUGGUGUAUUUCAAAUGCAGAAAAACUGUUUACUUGCUUCACAAGGUUCCUGCAUGUAUCACUGGAAAUUGUCAGAAGUAAAUCUUCAGCUGCAGUUGCUUGGAAGUUUGUAGAUUAUAUGAGUUUGUGGGUUGUAAGUUAUGGCCUGUGUCAGUGGGCCCAAAUUUUAAUAGUGGUUUUGAAGGUUGAAAUUCAAAUGAAAUCUCAAAAGAACCUUAUGGGAACAGCCACUAUUGAAUGAGGAAGAAGACAAACUUUUCAAGAGACUAAGCCUUUAAACUAUGACACAACUUCCAUAAACUUGUGUUUAAUGACUGUUUUGAUAAAUUUAAAUUUUUGGAUA